AUGUCAGAGCCAUCAAUAUCCACGCUCGAACGAAAGAAGAUCUUGAAGACAUUGUUCAUCUCACUGCUUCUGGACUUGAUCUCUUUCACCUUCAUUCUCCCUCUCUUUCCAUCGGUACUCGGGUAUUACAGAUCUAAGGAUGAUUCGCCCACCAGCCUCCUCAACAGCGUCUUUCACUACCUGAACGCUUAUAAAAAUGCCUUUUCGCGGCCCAUCGACUCCCGUUACGACAUCAUCCUCCUCGGUGGAGCCUUUGGCUCGCUCUUUUCUCUGCUCCAGGCAAUCGCGGCGCCAUUUAUCGGUAGAUUGUCCGACAUUUAUGGCCGUCGACGCGCGAUGCUAUUCUCCAUGGCGGGUAACAUUCUCAGCGUCGGACUCUGGGUAGGUGCGACUGACUUUCGCACCUUCCUUGCCAGUCGCGUCGUUGGAGGAUUGACGGAGGGCAACGUCCAGUUGGCCAAUGCGAUCGUGUCCGACAUCAGUGACGAGACCCAGCGUGGAUCUGCAAUGGCCCUCGUGGGCGCCUGUUUCAGUAUCGCAUUCACAUUUGGGCCCAUUCUCGGUGCCGCUCUCGCCACGAUUGAAAUGGUCGCCUCGAACAAAUUCGCCGUUGCGGCAGGAGUGUCGUUGCUCCUUGUCGUGGUGGAGACUGUGUACAUUUACUUUGCGCUACCCGAGACUCAUCCUCGGCUUCGAGAUGUGCCAGUUGCCCUAUCACCCGACUCCCCGGGAGAGACGAAAUCGACAAGCAAGGUCAAUGGAGCGACUUCCUAUAUUGAUACGACAAAGCCGAUAAGCAACGGGCGUCCCCAGUCACCAGCAAUGGGGCGCAGGACCACCCAAAACUCCAUGACAACCUUGAAACUUCUUCACUUCCUGUUCUUGGUCUCCUUUUCUGGGCUGGAAUUCUCACUCCCUUUUGUGACGGCCGCAUCCUACGGCGAGCGCCUCCAGCAUAGCAGCCCCUCGGCCCUGAAUGGUCGUCUUCUGUCCAUGAUGGGAUUGAUAGCAUCACUCCUACAGGGCACCAUCGUUCGACGUCUGCCACCACUCGUGGUAGUCAGAGCAGGAGUGGUCACGUGUGCCAUUUCCUUCUUUGUCCUUGCGCGUGCGAGCUCCAUUACGGGUCUGUACAGUGCCGGCGCACUACUCGCUGUGACUUCGGCGACCGUAGUGACGGGCAUCAACAGUUUGGGCAGCUUGGAGGCUCAAGAAGUGGAGCGUGGCGCCGCGCUUGGCCAGCUGCGUAGCUGGGGUCAAGUCGGUCGAGCCUUGGGGCCUUUAUUGUUCUGUACCCUCUUCUGGUGGGCCGGUCGAGAGGUUGCAUAUAUCACUGGGGGGACGUUGAUGGUCGGCGUGGGUGUGAUUGUUUUUACCAUGCUCCAGUCUCCAAAAGCGGGGAAGGGCAUGGUUCAUGUAUCAUGA